AUGGCGGGCAAAACUGUAAGCUUCAAUACACAUUGCAAUCUAUACGAAUGCCCGAUAGAAUCGAUAGCGAAGUGGCUGAGCUGCAACGGGGAGGUCUGGGGGAUGGGCCCGACAAUGGUGUUCGCGAGCGCCGCCGCACUCUUCCUCUACAACGAGCUGCAGGCGACCGUGUUCACACCUGGCGAUCACGUGCGCGUCUCGCUGCUAGAGAAGACCCUCAUUUCGACAAUGGUCGUUGGAAUGCUGUCCCUGAUGGUCCACCUCUGGGUGUGCUCAAUGCGCUUCUUUCAGUACUAUCUCGACACCCUUAUUAAAGACAGUCCCAGCAUGCUGCUAGAGUUGACGACAGCGGGACUACUAGGCCAAACAGAAAUGGUACCUCUCGGGCCCUUGACCAGAUUUCUAAAGCAGCAGCAGCCUCAGAUCCACAUCACGGUCUGCUGGUUCCUGUCGCUCUGCUACGCGGACUACGUGAGGAAGCACUACUGCAGGAGAUUCAAUAUGCCGUACCUGGAGCAGUGGCAAGCCGAGCUACACGCGCGCGUGUCUCACGGCGUACACAGCACCGUGGAGAAAGUGAACAGUGCGGUGUGCGCCGCGCAGCGCCGCCUGCGCCGCUACACGCAGUCGCCACCGCCAGCGACUGACGAGCAUACCAUCACAAAGCCGAAGUUCCAGAGUGAGAGCGUGUGUUCGAAGCGUCCGUCGCUGGAGCGAGUGCCGGCGUGCGGCGCGUGCGCGAGCGUCGUCCGAGCCGGCGAGAGCAGCGCCGACAUCGAGAAACUCAGAACGUUCAUUGCGGUAGUAGAACACGCAGAAUGUAGUUCUACGCAUAAAAUAAACAAGAAACAGACAUAUUACAACUAA